ACCGCGUCGUAUCGUCCACGUACGUGACAAGAUUUUUCAAUUCGUUUCUCGGUUCGUACAAAACUAACAUUGCAGCCAUCAAAAGCGUCAUAGAAUUUAUAUCAGUUCGGAGGACAAAGUGCGGCCGAAAAAAUGUGUGCCGAGUUUAAGCUGUUGGUGUCCGCGGUGGUGGUUUUCUUGGUGGUCAGUUGGUGCGACGCAGACGAUGUCCAAAGAAGCGUCGUGGAUCCUAAAGAGCAGUUUGUCGGGAGAAUGGUGGAGCAAGGUCGGACGCUGGUUCACCACGCUGUGAAGCGGUUCAUGAUUAUCCUGCCCGCCAUUUUUUUCAAGCUAGGCAUCGCUUUUACAUUGCUGGUGUUGGUAGCCGUGGUCGCUGUUAACAACGGGUUCAUCGGGUUCCUGCUGCUCGUCGUCGGUCUCAGCAGCGUCUUGGCGCGUCUCCAAGAAUCGAGGAAGCCGUCCUACCCGACUGCGCCGUAUAUCAGCCCAUUGCCGCCCUAUUAUCACCAUCGCUUUUUGGACCGAAGCGACAACGCGGCUACCGACAAGUCCGUACCGGACGCGGGUACUUACGCUCAGUACUCACCCGUCCAGUACUACAGCAAAGUACCAGCGGGUACUUACGCCCAGGGGUACUACGCCCAAAACGUCUCUUGA